AUGGACGCGGUGAAGCGAGCCGAAGCUCUGGAGCGUGCGCAGGCGAGCGAGAAGCGGUUCGCAAACUUCAUCAARCACUCCAACGUUGCAUUCUACAACUUCGGCAUGGAUCGCAAGAUGCACUACUGCAAUCGAGAGUGGUUCGACCUAAGUGGCCACCCUGUGGUGGACUUUGACGAGAUAGAUUGGAGCUCGUUCAUGAGCCAAGAAAAUCUUGCAAUCGUGAGCCACCAUUGGGAAACGAUGAUACAAACAAAGCAACCCACCAAGUUUCAAUUCGAGCUGAACCGGAUCUGGGACGACGGGCAUGGCCAUAAGAUGCGUGCUUCUGUCCUCUCUUGUUCUUAUCCUGAGUUAGAAAAGCUGCAGAAGCAGAGGACGGACGAAGCGAUCGAGGCCAAGAGACAGCAUGAAGCCUUCAUAGACAUCACUUGCCAUGAAAUACGGAACCCGCUAGGAGCCGUCGUCCACUGCGCCGAUCUUGUGAGCUCAAAUUUGUCAGACAUGAAGGCUGUCGUGGCCGCGUCGACAUGCUCACCGGACUUGGGCGCUUUCGAAGAGCAUUGCGAGGCUGCUCUCGAGAGUGUGAGCACAAUCAUAUCGUGCUGCGCUCAUCAGCGUCGAAUCGUGGACGACAUACUCAACUUAUCGAAGCUUGAUUCGAAACUCCUGACAAUCGCACCCUCACUGACCGACCUGAACAACAUGCUUUCAGAGCUUGAGAAAAUGUUCGAGGCAGACGCACAAAAGUUUGACAUUACACUUCGACUAAACAAUGAUCUCGGCGUCGUGCAAUGGGCGAUGCUUGACACUGGACGUUUGAUGCAAGUGCUGAUCAAUCUCGUCACCAACUCUGUGAAAUUCACGCAGAAAGAGUCGGAACGCGUCAUCACAAUCAACAUCGGAGUAUCCCGACAACGUCCAUCUGAGCAGGACUUGAAUGUCGAAUUCGUUCCCGCUGGGAUUGCAAGGGAGCGGUCUCAUGCCGUCUCAGGCAGCGGCGAGGAGAUCUUCCUGCACUUUACCAUCAGUGAUACAGGCUGCGGGUUCGAUCAGGAGCAGAAGAUUCGCAUAUUUGAUCGAUUUUCGCAAGCUUCGCCACGCACACACUCAAAGUAUGGCGGCUCAGGACUUGGACUUUUCAUCAGUCGCGAAAUGAUCGAACUUCAAGGCGGAGAGAUUGGUGUAAGCUCUCAGUCUGGACAUGGCGCCACUUUUGCCUUCUACAUCGCUGCUCGCACCGCACAUCCAUCGCAGGUUGAGGAACGAAGGGCCUCUAGUGCAGUCUCGUCAAGGGGCCGAACGUUGGAGAUGGGUGGACCCAAGUUCUGCAUUCUAGUUGUGGAGGAMAAUCUGGUCAACCAGAAGGUCCUGAGAAUGCAACUCCAGAAACUGGGCCACCAGGUGCAUGUUGUAUCCAACGGGUUGGAAGCCCUGGAUUUCCUGCAGACCACAUCCGGUUGGAGAGACAAUUCUGACAGCCAGAUCCAUCUUUCGAUUGUACUAAUGGACAUUGAAAUGCCUGUAAUGAACGGCCUAGUCUGCACACAAAAGAUUCGCGAGGCAGAAGCCGAAGGCCUCCUGGAGCGUCGCCUACCAAUCAUCGCAGUCUCUGCCAAUGCUCGCGACGGGCAAGUCCGGCAUGCGAUUGAGUGUGGAGUAGAUGAUGCGAUUAGCAAACCGUUCCGAGUCGCGGAUUUGAUGCCAAAGGUCGAGCGCUUGGUUAUGGUGUGA